GAUGCGUCUGCUGCGGGGCUCGGCGCUGGGCUUGGCGCUGUGGCUGUGGCAGCUGGGCCCGGCGGCGCAGGCGGUGGAGCCCAUCAGCCUGGGCCUGGCGCUGGCCGGCGCCGCCGCCUCGGCCCUCACGGGCUUCAUCUACACGCCGCGCCUCUACUGCUACUUCGCCGAGUGCUGCCUCGAGAGGCCCGGGGCCCGCGGCGGCGCCGCGCUUCAGGAGGAUUUGGACCAGAAGCUUUUCGGUCAGCAUCUGGUGACGAAGGUGAUCGUGAAGGCGGUCACCGGGUUUCUGAACAACUCCAAGCCCAAGAAGCCGCUGACCCUUUCCUUACACGGCUGGACAGGCACGGGCAAGAACUUUGUCAGCAAGAUCGUUGCCGAGAGCAUUUACAAAGAGGGCCUCAACAGCAAAUACGUCCAUCAGUUUGUGUCCACUUUGCAUUUUCCUCAUCGGCAGAACAUCACCCACUACAAGGACCAGUUACAGCAAUGGAUCCGGGGCAACGUGAGCGAUUGUGCGAGGUCCAUUUUCAUCUUCGAUGAGAUGGAUAAAAUGCACGCCGGGCUCAUCGACUCCAUCAAACCUUUCCUGGACUACUACGAGGAGCUGGACGGCGUGUCUUACCGGAAAGCCAUCUUCAUCUUCCUCAGCAACGCGGGGGCUGAAGAGAUCACCAAAGUGGCCCUGGAUUUCUGGAGGCGGGGAAAGAGAAGGGAAGACUUGGGACUGCGGGACGUGGAGGCUCCGGUGUCCGUCUCUGUUUUCAACAACAAAAACAGCGGCUUUUGGCACAGCAGCCUGAUCGACCGGAACCUCGUCGAUUACUUCAUCCCCUUCCUGCCACUGGAGUACAAGCACGUGAAAAUGUGCAUCCGGGUGGAGCUCGAAUCCCGCGGCUACAUGGUGGACGAGGAAAUCGUGACCCGGGUCGCCGACGAGAUGACCUACUUCCCCAAGGAGGAGAAAAUCUAUUCCGACAAGGGAUGCAAGACCGUGUACACCAAGCUGGACUUCUACUACGACUUGUAAUAAGUCCUGACGAUCUCGCCUUCCAAGGGAAAUGAACCCAAUCACAGAACUUAGGAGAAACUGAAUUUUUCUUUUUUUCCUAAUUGUUUGGUGUUUUUUUAAAAGUGUAAAUAGGGUACGAUUCAUGGGGCGGAGGCAGAGUAGGAGCAACAGCCAUUCUGAAACGACACAAAAUUAUGGCCUUGUUUUAAGAGAGCGACCUAUAGGUUUGUCCGCUCCAGAGCAUUGCUCAGUGGUAACGUCUAUCGUGAAGAAUUACUUUUAUGACUCUUUUAUGGACCAGGGAAAGGUAGGGCUGAUCUGCGUGAUAGAACCCAUUUCUAAUCAGAUACCUGAUCAAUAUCAUAUUAUCAUUGAGCCUUUUCUAAUCCGAUAUCUGGUUGAUGUCAGGUAUAUUCUGAUUCUUUAAGUACUGUGACUUUUCUUAAGCAAUGAAGGAAUGUUCUUGCAACAUCUGUAGGAAAACUAACUCUGCCUUUCUUGACCUGGAGCCCUCCAGAUGUGUUGGACUACAACACCCAGCAUCUAGAGGGCGUCAGGUUGGGGAAGGCUGAACGAACCCUUUCUGUCUCUGAAAAUAAAUCCUUUCUUCAAAGGCUUCCGGUAAUGGGAGGUAAUUCAUGCAGUGAUUUCCAAACCGUGCACUUAGGGAGGAGCAGAAUACUAGGUGUGUUUUAGGACAUCACCUGCGCGUGCACUGGGCAGGAUCUGACAGUGUCUGUCGACGGUUGGAUCCUUCCCGCUUUGUGUGAAACAGCCAGGCUGCUCACAACUCACACAGAGUGCUCCCCAGAAUCCUUUGCAGCACACAGCGGGCCAUGAGCACAGGGUUCCUCGGGAGAAGAGAUUUCCCGAAGGUGAAGUGCAGAGCUCACCUAAACGGCACCCUCCUGCCCCGAUUUCUUUUUCCAAGUGGCUUUUUUAUAAGAUAAAUGUGUGAAUAAAGCUUUGUUGAAUGUC